UUUUUAGUAAGGUUGUUAAACGGACCCCACCAUAUUUAUAUAUUUACAUUUUCACCCCCAAUAUCUUUUAUGUCCUAAGACACCACCCCAUAAAUAGUCUUAAAAAAAUAUCCCUUUUGCUUCUCUUUAGUAUUUGGUCUUCUCUCAGACUCUCUCUCUCUCUCCUCGCCCCCUCUUCACCGCAAUUUCAGACAAAAAUAUGUCACGAAGAGCAUGCAAAAGAGUAAGCUUUAAUCCGAACCCAGAAGCCACAGACGAACCCAUAUUCCCAAAACACGACGGUUUAAGCUCGUCACAUCACAGCCGGAGAAGGGUGGUUCUCUUCGGAAUUCUCAGUUUUGGUCUAAGGAGCUCGCCGGCCGCCAGGAAAUUGAUCCACCGUAUUGGAGCAAGAUUCACCAAAACGCUGCGUUUUAUUUCCUUCAGAAGAAAUGCUACUGAUAGAAAAACGUCAUCGUUUUUGUUGCCUUCGUCAUCGUCUUCUUCUUCUUCGACUAUUUAUAUGAAGAGGUCAAAGUCUGUAAGCGAGACAGAGUCUCACCGAGCAGAAGCUAUUGAAGAUUGCAUUGAGUUCUUGAACUCUUCUUUUUCUCUUUCGAGAUCAAACUCAGUCUCAACGUGGUCUUCUUGAUUUGACCCGGUUUGGAUUUGCGUCCGGUUGCGUCCGGUCAAACAGAGCUCUUACUUUCUCUUUUUUUUUUUCUUUUGUUGUUAUGUUAGAGAAUUGAGCAUUGUAUAGGAGUGUUUUAAAUUUUGUUAUUUUCAAUUCAGAAAAAUUUAUUCGUUCUUGACUAGAAAUAGUUAUUCUUGAUCUUCUUUUCAAUA